ACACAACCCGAGCCGAUCACCCAAAUCUGGUCCAGUGCGGUUUGCCCGGAGCUCAAGAAACAUCCCUCCCUAAAAUUGAUUUCCUUUUAGUUUCUUCGUCAUUCGUCAGCUUCACACUUCCUCCGCUUCGUUUAUUUUGCGUCUCGAUAUCGUUGCUUUUCCUUAGCAAGGGUUUUUGAAGAUGAAGCUUGAUACUAGUGGAUUUGAGACAACUAUGCCAAUGAUUGGGUUUGGAUCAAGCAGCGAGAUGCUUGAUGGAUUUUCUUCUGUACCUUCAUUCGAUCUUCCUCGUACAACUGAUUUUGAUGGGUUUCAGAAAGAAGCUGUACAGAUGGUGAAGCCUGCAAAGGGUACAACGACACUCGCGUUUAUCUUUAAAGAAGGUGUUAUGGUAGCUGCUGAUUCUCGAGCAAGCAUGGGAGGAUAUAUCUCUUCGCAGUCUGUGAAGAAGAUUAUUGAAAUUAAUCCUUAUAUGCUUGGUACAAUGGCUGGUGGAGCUGCUGAUUGCCAAUUCUGGCACCGGAAUCUGGGAAUCAAGUGCCGUCUACAUGAGCUGGCAAACAAAAGGAGAAUCUCUGUUUCAGGAGCUUCAAAGCUGCUUGCCAACAUGCUCUAUUCAUACCGUGGAAUGGGACUAUCUGUCGGCACAAUGAUUGCUGGAUGGGAUGAAACAGGCCCUGGGUUGUACUAUGUUGACAAUGAAGGAGGACGGCUUAAGGGAGACAGAUUCUCUGUCGGUUCGGGUUCACCAUACGCUUAUGGUGUUCUUGACAGCGGAUACAAAUUCGAUAUGUCGGUUGAAGAAGCCUCAGAAUUAGCAAGGAGAUCUAUCUACCAUGCUACAUUCCGUGAUGGAGCUAGUGGUGGAGUUGCUAGCGUGUACCACGUUGGGCCUAAUGGGUGGAAGAAACUCUCUGGAGAUGACGUCGGCGAGCUACAUUACCACUAUUAUCCAGUGGUUCCAGCCACCGCGGAACAGGAGAUGGAAGAGGCGACCGAGUAAAUACUUUUGAUUAUCUAUUAUUAGCUUUUAAGAGUUUUAUCACAAGUCUUCUGUUGAGAACAGAAUCAUGGUUACAUGUUUCUUUUGUAUUGCGAAUGUUGUAGUUAGGUAUAUUAGAGUCUCCUGGGAUUGCUUGCGGAUAUCGAAUGUUAUUGAUAUUUAAUUAUCUUUCGAAUCAGAUUGGAUAAUCUCAUGUUUGUUGGUGCUU